AAUUUGAACGUUCUCCCUUCCAUACCCAGCUCUGGUUGGCCUACCAUCCCGGAACAGGCGUUAACGCCAGGCUGUAGCAAGAUGGCGUCCCUGGAUCGAGUGAAGGUACUGGUAUUGGGAGACUCAGGUGUUGGGAAAUCUUCACUGGUUCAUCUUCUGUGUCAAAAUCAAGUCCUGGGAAAUCCAUCAUGGACUGUGGGCUGCUCAGUAGAUGUCAGAGUUCAUGACUACAAAGAAGGAACCCCAGAAGAGAAGACCUACUAUAUAGAAUUAUGGGAUGUUGGAGGCUCUGUGGGCAGUGCCAGCAGUGUGAAAAGCACAAGAGCAGUGUUCUACAACUCUGUAAAUGGUAUUAUUUUAGUACAUGACUUAACAAAUAAGAAGUCAUCCCAAAACUUGUAUCGUUGGUCAUUGGAAGCUCUCAACAGGGAUUUGGUGCCAACUGGAGUAUUGGUAACAAAUGGGGAUUAUGACCGGGAACAGUUUGCUGAUAACCAGAUCCCACUGUUGGUAAUAGGGACUAAACUGGAUCAGAUUCAUGAAACCAAGCGCCAUGAAGUUUUAACUAGAACUGCUUUCCUGGCUGAGGAUUUCAAUGCAGAAGAAAUUAAUUUGGAUUGCACAAAUCCACGGUGCUUAGCUGCAGGUUCUUCCAAUGCUGUCAAGCUCAGUAGGUUUUUUGAUAAGGUCAUAGAGAAGAGAUACUUUCUAAGAGAAGGUAAUCAGAUUCCAGGCUUUCCUGAUCGGAAGAGGUUUGGGGGAGGAACAUUAAAGAGCCUUCAUUAUGACUGAAUUACACUCAUCGUCUGGAAGAGUGAGCUAGUGGUGGCAUUGUGCACAGCUUCCUUCUUGCCGUGUUGACUAUUAAUGUUUCAGCCUUUUCGCAGAAUCAUCUUAAAAUGCCAGCCUCCAGCCUCACCCUUUAAUGGAAAGCUGAAAGGAAGUGACUGUGUGGGAGAGCCAAACUUUGUCCCAAGUCCUCUCUGUUCCUCACCUUUCUGUCCGUUUAUAGAUUAUGUAAAAGCCUUGUGGAAAUAUGAGACGUUGUCAAAAGGAUGCAGUAAAUGAGGAGACAGAGUGCUGCGGAGAAAAUUUACUCUUCCCAGAACUGGAAGGUUUUUAUGGGUCUGUAAUUGUCCCACACUCCUUGCUGGAGGCUUAAUUAAGUACUUCAAAAUGUAUCUGUGUUGUAUUACCUUCUUGAGGGGAAAGGUUAUGUUAGCCAGCCCUGGGUCGUGCGCCCCGAACAGUCUCUGUCAUUUUCAAAGAAGCAAAAGGGUAUUAUUUCAUUGUGUCCCCUCUCAUCACACACAAGGAUGCCUAAGAAUAGCAGCCCUCGUCUCCCUCUCCUCUCCUUUGCAAGAGGUUCAGUGGCUAGAAGAGGCGGACUCCUAGCUGGAGUUAAAUAUAAAUAGAUUAAUAAUACAUAGAGAACAGUGGUACCAGAAAAGAAGACUUCUCCGAGAAAUGGAGAGCUCACUAAAUCCUUCACUCCAAGUUCCAGAUGUCUGCACUGUCUUACUGUUUUUUAUUUGGAAAUAGGUAGAGUGAGAUCUCAGACCUUCACAAGGGCAGCAAGAGAGAUUUAUAGCCUCUUGGGUUUCUGUGUUUUUUAAGGAAAAGUCAGCUCCUGAAAUGUCUCCUAACUGUAGUCAGUAAACUAAGAAUAUUAUUCUCUGUGUCAACAAUGUAUUUAUGGAGAGGAGUAAAAAUAAGUUCCACAGCAACACAUUUACAUGAAUUAUGGACUAGGAUUCUUAGAUUUCAUAAUCCAACAUUUUUGAGGGUGGUGGUGUAUGUGUGCGUAUGCAUAAUUGUUCAUCGUUACUUUUUUUACCCAUCUUUUCUGCUUGUUUAAUUCUCUCUGCCCUGGUUCUUCUUUAAUAUAGAGACCUCGUUUCCAAAAACUGCAAUUUGCUGCCUUAGUCAACACCCAUUUUCCUGCUCUGACUCUGCGGCAGGUCUUUGCACUGCUGAUUUUGUUCCAUAUUAAAAAAAACUAAUAAGCACACAAUUUCAGCUUCUCAUUUUAAAACUAGGCAAAAAAAAACAUUAAAUUCGCUUUCUCUUCCAUCUUAAUUACAUUUCAGAAGUACUUUGGAAAUCAAGGUAUGCUAAAAGAGGAUCUUAGAAUAAGAAUGUUAGCCAGUGCUUUUAGAAAGGCAGUUGGAGGAAAUUGGAAAAGGAUUUUUAAAGCACUUUUCAUCAGCUAGAAUAUUCUCCAGUCUUUCUUCCCAUCCUCAGCCACAAGACUUAGCCCUGAUUCCUUUUUUCACACAAAGGAGAGCUAUGCAAAUCAGGCUCUGUAUGUGGGGGUUUGGCACAAGCCUGUUGUGACAGAGGCUGUGCAGGUAGGAAGCAGAAAGCAAAUGCAUACACAAAGACCUGAACCAACUAAAGCUCUUUGUAUUCCUCUUUUAAAAAAUAAGUUCAAAAAAAUUAUACUUACAUUAUGAAAAAAUAAAAUACAACAAUACAAAAGCAAAAAUUAAUAUAUAACCCUUUCCUUCUCUCCCGCUUUCUUCCUUUUUCUUGCCCUUAAUUAAAAAAAAUCUAUCUCAGUUUCUUUAUUUUCUCCCUCAUUAAAAAAUAAAAGUAACCCAUCAUGAUGGCUUCAGGGUCAGCCUUGAAAACUUAACAGUACUCCUCAACUCCAUUUCUUCUUGCUGUCAGGCUUGACUCCCUGAAUUAUAGUUUUCUGAGAAAAAAAUGAUUUUUAAUCUAAGGUAAAUUUGCUGCAAGUAUUAGUAGCAGCAAAACAAGGCUGUUUGCCAAAAUGAAUGUUGUUAUGUUAUUAGCCAAAGUUCUUCAAAAAGAAGCAUAAUUUUUGCUAAGAUUUCCUGAGACCUGCUCAUCAAAAUUGCUUUUGGAUAAUGAACAAAUGUAAAUACUGAAAUACUUCCUGAAAAGUGUUAAUUAAAUCUUUAAUUUUCUUGAUGGAACAAGUGACUGGCAAUAGAGAAAGAUUUUUUUCCUGUUGUGAUUCACAUGUCUAACCAAUGUUGUUAUUUAUGGUGGAGGCAUCCAGACGUGAAGGCAUACGGUCACUCGUCUGUCCCUCAGAGGGUGGUAGGGCCCUUCGUUGGAAUCCAACUAAAGAUUUGGAUUGGCCUCUCCACGUCUGUGCUCUGAAAAGAAUUGCUGCUCCCAAAGGGGUCGAUCCAUAUCAGCUUUAUCUUGGGUUCUCAGAAGUCCCUAAACUUGAGGCAUCUAUGGUGGACUCCAAGUGCCUUGACACUGCCGUUUAUCUGUCCAUUCUGAAAAUGGACUAUGUGGAACUGAUGUGCUGGGCCAUCAGACUGAGAUGAAGAGCUCCUAAUUGCUGCCAUGACCAGAGCUUUUGAGUGGCCAUUUCAACAGUGUAUGCCGGAGCAGCCAGCCUAGGGAGGACCUUCUAUGGGUUUUUAAUAAAUGUUGGUUUAAUUGAAAUUUUUAAAGCACGGGGUAGCAUCUAUUUUAAGAAGUUUGAAGGUCUAACAGGAUGUCUGCAUUGAUUUAAUAUCUGUUAAAAUUCAAAGGAGGAUACUGUUUGGGGAGAAGGAGGAGAAGGAAAUAAAAAAUUCAUUCCUCUGUA